UUCCGUAUAUUUACAACUCUACCCCGUCAGGGAGAGAAUCUCACCCUGACCUUAUUGUGUUUAGCAGCUGACGACCUGUGCGGUUGUGAGGUCAGUGUGCUUACAGCUUGUCUCCAGUGGGUCCGACGACGGGUCUGCCGUGUAACGCCAAUAAAAAACCUAGCGUUAGCCAAAAGCUACUGCUUUUAGGCUGGACUUUGAGCACUGAUCUGACCUGAGUCUGUGGUCUGUGGGCGUUUCUUUGAAUGCAGAAUGUGGGGCAUUUGCAGCAGAACUAUGGUGGGGAUGGCGAAACCCUGUGGCUUAAUGAAGCCCUGUCACUUGGUGAAGCCCGUAUCAGCGGCUCGGGUCUCUGGCAGAUACCUGACCCACCAGAAGGGACUGCCCAGUCUGCCUGUCCCCCCUCUGCAGCAGACCUGCGAGCGCUACGUCCGUUCCCUGGAGCCCAUUUUGGAGGUGGAUGAGCUGAGGCAAACUCGAGAGCUGGUGGACGAGUUUCAGAAAACAGGAGGCGUUGGAGAGAGACUUCAGAGGAGCCUGGAAAAGAGAGCACAGAACACGGAGAACUGGUUGUCAGAGUGGUGGGUGCUGGUUGCUUACCUCGAUUACCGGUUGCCUGUGGUGGUUCAUUCAAGUCCUGGGUUGGUCUUGCCCCGCAUGAACUUCAGUGAUAAGCAGGGACAAAUAAGGUUUGCUGCCAAACUGACCGCAGGUGUCUUGGACUUUAAGACUAUGAUUGACAAUGAGACACUACCAGUUGAAUAUCUGGGAGGGAAGCCCCUGUGUAUGAACCAGUACUACGAAGUGCUGUCCUCCUGCCGUAUCCCUGGUCUGAAGAGAGACUCGGUGGUGAACCACGCCAAGACCUCCAAACACAUUACUGUGGUACACAACUUUCAGUUCUUUGCGUUGGAGGUGUACAACAGUGAUGGGACUCCACUGACAGCCGAUCAGCUCUGUAUUCAGCUGGAAAGGAUCUGCAGCGCCUCGCUGCAGACCAACGUGGAGCCUGUCGGCAUCCUCACCACCCAGCAUCGCGAUUCCUGGGGCAAGGCCUACGUCAACCUCAGCAAGGAUAAGACCAACAGAGAGUCCGUGUCGGCUAUCCAAAGGAGCAUCUUCACUUUGUGUUUGGAUGGAGCGAUGCCUCAGGUGUCAGAUGAGAUGCUCCGCAGCUGUGCUGCCGUCCAGAUGCUGCAUGGAGGAGGCAGCCAGUGGAACAGUGGCAACCGCUGGUUUGACAAAACACUGCAGUUUAUUAUUGGAGAAGACGGGGUAUGUGGUGCGAACUACGAGCAUGCCCCAGCUGAGGGCCCCCCCAUAGUGGCCUUGAUCGACCAUGCUGUAGAAUACACGAGGAAGCCAGAGAUGGCGCAGACUCCCAUGGUGCCUUUGCCUAUGCCCCAGAAACUGCACUUUAACAUCACGCCCGAGAUCAAGAAGGACAUUGAGGAGGCCGAGCACGCCAUGAACAUACUGGCCCAAGACUUGGAUAUGAUGGUCACGGUAUUUGGCCACUUUGGGAAAAAUGUGCCAAAGGCCCACAAGAUGAGCCCGGAUGCUUUCAUACAGAUGGCACUACAACUGGCUUACUACAGGAUGUACCAGCGCUGCUGUGCCACAUAUGAAAGUGCCUCCCUGCGUAUGUUCAGACUGGGCCGCACAGAUACAAUCCGAUCCGCCUCGAGUGCCUCCGCUGCCUUUGUCAGAGCCUUUGAUGACCCCAGCAAACAGAACACAGAGAAGGUUGAUCUAAUGGAGAAAGCUGUAAAUGCACACAGGUCAUAUACUAAUAUGGCAAUCACUGGCCAGGCCAUAGACAGACACCUCCUAGGCCUUAAGAUGGUGGCUGUUGAAGAAAAACUCUCCAUACCUGAUAUCUACACAGACACUGCCUACGCCAAAGCCUUACACUACAAGCUAUCUACAAGCCAGGUGCCGUCCAAGACUGACUGCGUCAUGUGUUUCGGCCCGGUGGCAUCCGACGGAUACGGCGUGUGCUACAAUCCUAUGAACGAUCACAUCAACUUUGCAGUGUCGUCUUUCAACACCUGUAAAGAAACCAACGCAGCACAUCUGGCCCAGGCCGUGGAGGGCGCCCUGUUGGACAUGAGGACACUGCUGGAACAAACUCCAAAAGCCAAACUGUGAAGGGCCUCCAGACUUCACUGACCUCUUCGUAACAGAAGUAGACGCGACAGGGCUAGGAUAGGCUUGAUAGGAAGACCGCUCUUACUGUGAUUGAGUAACAUUUGGGUGACUGAUGUUGCGUGUUUGAGUUUUUGAGAAAGGAAAGGCUCAAUCCAAUGAAGAUUUAACAAAAAGAGAUUUAAUAAUGAAAUUACAUGAACGAACAGGAUUUUACGCUGCAGCGGGCUGAUAAAGCUGUCUCUCCUAACGGGUCCACAUCUAUUCAGUCCCAAACAUUUCUCACUUUCACAAAUAUAUUCUCUUGAAGUUGUGGGCGGUUCCUUGGAUGAAAAGUUUUUCCAUCGGUCCGUCGUCACCCAAAAGAAGGCGUUAUUUCCAAAUCCAUGUGUUUUGAGUUUACUUCCGGUCACAGGGGUUGGCUCCAAGACGGAUAGACAAAAGGUUUCUUCCUGCCGUGUGACAAAGAACUUUCUGAAUACAUCAAAAUAUCAGCAUUGUUUUAACCUCCACACUGAACCCCACACCUGGUGCAAGCUAUAGUUGGUAGUCUGAACCAGCGUUCUCACCAUGUUAUUGAUCAUCAUUAAUCAUGCACUUUAAAUGUUGCCGUGAUAGCUGCUGUGUAAUGGCUGCUCAGUGGCCAGCAGAUCAGACUGUGGUUGUACUGGGCAGCUUCCAGGUAUGAAUGUGGAACCUGUGUGAA